UCUACCGUUUUGCAAUUCAAGCGAGUUGUGCUGCAUUUUACGAAUUAUUCACUUUUUAGGAGUUUCAGCAAGCUGAAMAAUUGCAYGUAAGKUUGGAUAAUUGUGGGAAUUCCAAGCAAAGUUGGUAUUUUGGUUCUUGCCUCUUGACCGUGUGAUUUGGAACAUCAAAGGCGUUGACAUAACAUUAUUCUGGUCAUCGGUUUGAARCUUGUUUCUUUAUAAUCUCUAAAAUCAUGACAAGAAAAAUAAGAAAGGACAACAAAAACUCUAGAAUUGACGAGGUUAUCCGUGCAUGCAUUUGCAACUGAGUGGAGGGAGUUUGAACGGAGUCUCGCACCUUUUCCUGUCAGUUUACUUCACGUUUAAUACUACAAAGAUCACUAUAUUUGCGUUACAGUUAGUCACUGAUGGUCUAGUGGCAGUCACGUGACAAACUGGUCUAUAUGGGUUUCUAUGGGAGCAGCCCUACAGACGCUUGGAUUGGCAGAAGUUGCGAGUGAAAUUGCUUGUUGUGCCGGAUCGGCUGCUUGUAGUCUUCUUUGCAAGAAAAAAGGCAGUACACAGGGAGCCCGAUCAAGACUUAUUUUCAUUCUGAUACUUGGACUUGGUAACAUAUUGAGUUUUAUUAUGCUUGUGCCAGACAUGAGACAUUACUURAACAAAGUACCGUAUCUUUGUGGGACAAUUUCAUCCAAGAAAGUAUGUGACAAUCUGGUUGGAUAUUCUGCCGCCUACCGGGUGUUCUUUGUWAUGGCSGUUUUCUAUUUGUUUUUUAGCAUAAUAACRUACAAUAUCACAUCGACUAAACAAUUUCGCGCUAAAAUCCACAAUGGAUUUUGGUACAUUAAACUUUCCAUACUAACGCUUCUGUUCAUUGGUGCUUUUUAUAUUCCAAAUAUCACACAGUUUGGAAUGAUAUGGAUGUACGUCGGGUUAACUGGUGGAUUCAUGUUUUUACUCUUUCAAAUCGUUCUUAUAAUCGACUUUGGUUACUCGUGGAGCGUGAGCUGGGCAGAAAAGAUGGAUGUUCUAAACACACGGUGUUGGUUUUUUGCACUCGCUUUCGCUACUGCAGUUGUAUAYGCUCUGUCGUUAUGUGCGGCCGCUAUUUUGUACUUAAACUUUACAAACCCAGUUGAUAUUUCUCAAUGCAAGGCAAAUACAUUCUAUAUUAGCUUUAAUGUUGCACACUGCGCUCUUGCGACAAUUAUUUCGGUAUUGCCGCAGAUACAACAAGAAGCUACUGGAGCUGGACUUCUUCAAUCUUCCGUGGUGACAAUAUAUACUAUGUACCUUACUUGGAAUACUUUAUCUAGUCAACCAGACAGUAUGUGCAAUCCAUUAGGAGACGUAAUAUUAGAAUAUGACAAAGCUUCGGGAGUCAAUGGCCAGGCGGUCUUUGGCUCUGUGUUGACUUUCGCUCUUUUGACUUUUGCAUGUACUGUUCGCGCAAGCACAUCGCAACUUAGCAAAUUAGGGAUUUGUCUAUCUGAUAACCCUGAAUAYAUGCUAACCUCGAAACGUAAGAAUAGAUCAAAAGGAAAAUCAAAAAGCGUUAAAAACCACGACGACGAUGAAGACGAAAGCGAGAAUGUAGCGUAUAGCUAUUCGAUAUUUCACUUUGUCUUGUUCAUYGCAUCUCUUCAUUUGAUGAUGGUGAUUACGAACUGGCAUAGUCCAGAUGAAAACGAAGACUUUAAGAAACUUAUUAAAAACUGGGCAGCCGUAUGGGUKCAGAUGUCUGCAAGCUUUUUAUGUUGUUUAGUUUUUAUAUGGACUUUAGUUGCUCCGCUUAUCAAACGAACUUGGGGCGACUUUUUAGGRUUGGAACCCGAACCACGACGAAAGCCCACAGCACGAARRCCAAGCRUAGCUGAAUUGAAAAAAAGCUUUCAUGAUAUUAGACAUAGAAAAACUUCAUUAACAACUUCGACCGCAGGUCAACCAGUCACUGAAAAUACUCAUUUAUCCAGGGAUGUCAGUGGGAGGCAUAUCGUUAAUGCAGCUACUGUGGACACUUUCCCAGAUAUUCAAUCGGCAACAUCACAGAAAAGACUAGGYAGAUCUGUUACGAAUAUACAUAAGGCUGGAGAUCCCUUUGCAGSGCGCGAUAUUAUUGAAUCGACACUGGGACCUGAACAUUCCUUGAUGGACAGACAGAAUGCUGAUAUGCCUAUUGGGAGAAGUUCUCCCAUUAUGGAAGAGCCUGAAACAUUUCCUGCGUCUACUGGAAGAACUAGUAGUGCAACAGCUCGACCUGUUACAAUACAAAUUGAACAUCCAUUCGGUAAAGCGUCUAGUCAAUAUAGACAAAUGACACAAUGCAGAAGUCCUACMACGGUUCAACAAAUUCUUCGUUUGCAAGAAAGGAUAUUGCGGUUUCAAGCCAAAAUUGUUAAAAUACAACAUAAGAUGAUGUACUUACAACAGACGGAUGAAGUUGUYGAUUCGCCUUUAAAACAAGUCCAUGUAGAUAGUAAAAGAGGUUAGAUGUAAUACUUUCAGAGAUUCAACGUCRAACUUUUCAUGUGUGGUUCUUUUUAUCCAUGUCUUGUAUAUUGCUGCCACAUCGAGUGCACAUAAAAAGUUCGGAGGCUGAAUUAGAUGGGGGGAAAAAUGUUUUAUCAGUUAUGCGAAAAAUGAAUUUCCAUUCCUCUCCUGUUAAUAUUACCAGAGUGCGAAAGGUGAAUAAAUUAAGUUAUCCAUCAGAUAAAGUUCCAUAGAUUUUGUAUUCCAAAUUUCAGGCACCGAAUAACGGUUUAUCCGGUGGAUAGCGCCAUUCACCUAUUGUAUCACUGGCCACUGGAAUAUUAGCCAUAUUUCUCCCGAUUUGGAAUGGAAAAAACACAUGUAUACUCGCAUCGUUGAGGGUGUGACCCAGUGUGUUCAUUUGUUUAUAUAUAUACUCCUUUCGAUUCAUUUGCAUUGGUUAAAGUCAUAAAAGACCGGCAUUGUAUUCAGUUCAUCAAUAUUUAUCGAUAUCUAUAUGUAUAAAAUAUCCAAUUUCCGAUAAAAUAACUAGCAAAAAUAUUUAACGCAAAAGUUUCCGUAUUUUGAAAAGCGAAGUUUCAUCUGCUUGCCAUGCAAUUCAUCGAAACGAUUGUUUGUAUGUAAUAAAUGCAUUAUAUAUCAUAUAUAUAUUAUAUGUAAAAUUAUUUGUAAAUAAAACCACGACUGUUUAUAACAACA